CGCGCCAACCGGCAGACGCCCAACCAUUUCUAUAAGUAGUGUACCAUUUCAGUUGAUUUCUUCUCGUUCAAAUCCGGCGAACGGCUUGUAUCCAUUAAGAAAGUGCAAUUUGUUCCGCUGAUUUGCCGGAAUGGAUGUUCGCCGGCGAUCAAGCAAGCCUCUUUACCAAGGAAAUUCCCUCACCCCCGACGAACCGCACAAACAGAAGAACUCUUCCAAAGCAUCAUCCGCCAAUGCCUCCGACGCAGUCACCCUCUCCCUGUACGCAGCGAAUGGAGUAUUCUUCACCAUGUUCUUCUCUGUGAUGUACUUCCUCCUCCAGCGCUGGCGCGAGAAGAUCCGCAACUCCACCCCCCUGCACGUGGUAACUCUCUCGGAGCUCGCGGCUUUGCUUGGGUUGUUCGUGUCCACGAUUUACCUUCUAGGGUUUUUCGGGAUCGGAUUUGUUCAUUCGUUUAUCUUCAAGGAUUUCUGGGACGAGAUGUACAUACUGGAAGAGGACAGCCGUCGAGGGAGCUGGCCCGCUGCCACCACUGUCGGCUGCUCCGUACCCGCACCACCACCUGCUCGGAAAAUUGCCGCAGAGGUCCCUCAGCAUCCAGCGAAGGUAAACAUGACGGCGUCUGAGAAGCCUGCUCCCGUAAUCACACCAGCCUCAUCAGACAAGGAUGAGGAGAUCAUCAGAUCUGUAGUGGAGGGGAAAACGCCUUCAUAUUCAUUGGAAUCCAAGCUUGGAGACUGUAAACGCGCUGCUUCCAUUCGACGCCAUGCCCUGGAGAGGAUUACUGGGAAGUCACUGGAGGGGCUUCCGCUUGAAGGGUUUAAUUAUGAGACCAUUCUGGGGCAGUGCUGUGAGAUGCCAGUUGGGUACGUGCAAAUUCCAGUGGGAAUUGCAGGGCCAUUGUUGCUUGAUGGGAGAGAGUACUCUGUUCCAAUGGCCACCACCGAAGGAUGCCUGGUCGCCAGCACCAACCGGGGUUGCAAGGCUAUAGGUGCUUCCGGUGGUGCCUUUAGUGUGCUUCUCAAAGAUGGAAUGACUAGAGCUCCAGUUGUGAGGUUUGCCACUGCCAAGAGGGCUGCAGAAUUGAAGUUCUUUGUUGAGGAUCCUUUGAACUUUGAGACUAUUGCCGCAACCUUCAACAAAUCAAGCCGAUUUGGCAGAUUGCAAAGCAUUCAGUGUGCAAUAGCUGGGAAGAAUCUUUAUAUGAGGUUCACCUGCAGUACUGGUGAUGCCAUGGGUAUGAACAUGGUCUCCAAGGGGGUGCAAAACGUUCUUGAUUUUCUUCAGAUCGAAUACCCUGACAUGGAUAUCAUUGGCAUAUCUGGGAACUUUUGCUCAGACAAGAAACCGGCAGCAGUGAACUGGAUUGAGGGGAGAGGCAAGUCGGUUGUAUGUGAAGCAAUAAUCAAGGAAGAUGUGGUGAAGAAAGUGUUGAAGACUGAUGUAGCUUCCCUAGUGGAGCUGAACAUGCUAAAAAACUUGACAGGUUCUGCAUUGGCUGGCGCUCUUGGUGGUUUCAAUGCUCAUGCAAGCAAUAUUGUCUCUGCUGUAUUCCUAGCCACCGGCCAGGAUCCAGCUCAGAACGUUGAGAGCUCUCACUGCAUCACCAUGAUGGAACCGGUCAAUGAUGGCAAGGACCUCCAUGUCUCUGUGACCAUGCCUUCGAUUGAGGUAGGAACUGUUGGCGGGGGGACUCAGCUUGCAUCUCAAUCAGCCUGCUUGAACCUACUGGGAGUGAAGGGAGCAAACAGAGUGUGUCCUGGCUCAAAUGCACGGCUCUUGGCAACCAUUGUGGCUGGUGCAGUUCUUGCUGGGGAGCUAUCCCUUAUGUCUGCCAUUGCCGCAGGACAGCUGGUCAAAAGCCACAUGAAAUACAACAGAUCUGAUAACAAUAUCACAAAGGUAUCCUCUUGAUGUGAUCUCUUCUUGAGGGCCCGGACAUACUCUCCGCUAGUCCUUUCCUGUUUAUAUUCAAGUGGAUCAUCAUAUGUACUAUACUGUAUGGUUGAAUAAUGAAUGAGAUCUAGUUCGGAAUAAAUUCAGCUCUCUGUGUAUGGUCUUAAGGAGUUCAGAUGAGUAUUUGUACUAUAUGUUUUAACUGUAUCUGUUUGCAUGUGUUAUACACUUAUACAUGAUUGUCGGCAAUUUGGAAAUGGACUAUUUCAUCAACUAGAUGGACGAGGAAUUAUUUUCUAUUAUAGAUAUGGUUGGUUUGAUCUAUUGUUAUGAAGUG